AUGCAAGGUUAUUAUUACAAUUAUUAUAUAAGCAAAAAUGGUUCGGUAGUUUUAUAUGAUUUAGAAUAUCUUAUCGAACCAAUGAAUGUCGCCCCUUUUUUAACCCAUGGAAAAUGGAAAUCAACUACUUUGCCCAUAUUAUCUUUUAUUCUUCUCUUGGCAAUGCGCCGCAACCAUUGGGGUUUAAUAACUUGGGAACAUUUAACAAUUUUGGAUUCGGCCAAAUCCUGGUCUUACCGAACUUGGUGUAUCGCUGGUUCAGGGGCUGGUUGGAUCCUUUUUUGGGAAGCUUUAAAGUUUUGGUUUCAUGUUCCUUUCAAUUAUACUGCUUCCUUUGAUGAUGGAAUCGCUUUAUAUCAUACCGAUCUUUCUAGAUUUCCCAAUUUAUUUGAUAUUCUUUGGGGUAGCAUUAUCUCUGGAAUAUUUAUGAUUUGCUGGUGGAGUUUUUGGACCUUUCAAUAUCGAGGUGUUGUUUGGAAAAAAGAAUUGAAAGAAGGCGUGGUAGUUUGGUCUUCUGAUGGGUUAGUUCAAGUCGGUGGUGUUUGUUAA